UUCCUCUCCAUGUCCGUCUUGAUUAUUCUCCUCUGAAAACCAUGCGCCGGAAGCCUUGUUUCGCCGGCCUCCUCCUCUCCUGCGCCGUUUUUCUCAUCUUCUCCUUUCAAAUCUCCCGUAAGGCCUUCUUCUCCGGCGGCGAUCUCCCGUCCCUCUCUUCCGAUAAGCUUCUCCCUUCUCGGUCGACGACGAAUUCCGUCGCUCAUUACGCUAUCCAUGAAGCUAAUUUAGCUCAUCGGAAUCGCCAACUCUCCUCCGUUCUCCGUUCUAUCCCCACGCUUUCGAUUCUUCUCCCCGAUUGGGAGAUUCUUCUGAUUUCUUCAAUUCAUACGCCGCUUUCUUCCCCGGAAUCUCUCCGGGAUUUCCUCUGUUUGUUUCAUAAUAACGCUACUUCACCGGCUAAUUUCUCUGGUAUUUUGGAUUUUACUGGUCGUGCUACGUUUAAAUGUCGUAUGCCGCCGUCCGUCCGUCGUCUCCGGCCGUUUUUUCAACCGCUGCUCACUAAAUCGCCGAAGAACGAGUUAUCUUCUUCUUCUUCUUCUUCUCCGGCGAUGGAAUUAAUGAGAUGGACUUUUCUAGCUUACGAAGCUUUGGAAACAGAGGACGACGUCGUUCUGUUUGUCAAAGGCGUAAACCAUCGCCGAGGGAUUAAUCGACCGCCGAGCGAUUUGAAAUGCGUGUUCGGCGAUGGCGACGACGCCAUUAGAACCGCCGUUACGAGCUCUGAGCAGGAGGUUUUCCGAUGCCGUCAUCCGAAUUUAACAACGCGAGAUGAUUACAACAAGAUGAAAAUCACUCUGGAAAUUUUCGAUGCGAGAGGGAAAAGCGUCCUCGUGCCGUCCGUCGCGUAUUAUUCGCCGCGCUACGGCGGCGAUUCAGUCGAGGCGAAAUCGAUGAUUUGUGCUUGUACGAUGGUGUACAAUGUCGGAAAGUUCUUGAAGGAGUGGGUGAUUUACUACUCGAGCAUCGGCGUUGAGAAGUUCAUACUGUACGACAAUGGCAGCGACGAUGAAAUUUCAGAGAUCGUGAAGGAAUUGAAAUUGGAAGGAUAUAAAAUCGAGAUCGUGUUCUGGAUUUGGCCUAAAACACAGGAGGCUGGAUUUUCUCACAGCGCGGAGUAUUCGAAGAAAUCGUGCAAAUGGAUGAUGAUCGUCGAUAUCGACGAAUUCGUCUUCUCUCCGUCGUGGUUGAAUUCAUUGGAACCAUCGAAGAACAUGUUGAAAUCGCUAAUUCCAGCGGAGAAUAACGGAAUCGGAAUGAUCACGAUUAUGUGCAACGAUUACGGGCCGUCGAAUCGAAUCUCGCAUCCGGCGGAGGGAGUAACGCAGGGCUACAAUUGCAGGAUUAAAGCAGAGGAGAGGCACAAAUCGAUUGUGUUAUUGGAGGCGGUGGAUCCGUCGCUGUUGAAUGUGAUUCACCAUUUUCGACUGAGGAAGGAGUUCCGGUGGAGGAAGAUGAAGUCGUCGGAGGCGGUGGUGAAUCACUACAAGUACCAGGCGUGGCCGGAGUUCCGGAUGAAGUUUCGUCGGCGCGUGUCAACGUACGUGGUGGAUUGGAAGGAUCCGGCUAAUCCGACGUCGAAAGAUAGGGCACCGGGCCUCGGAAACACUGCCGUGGAGCCGCCGGACUGGCCGAGGAAGUUCUGUGAGGUUAGGGAUGAUCGGUUGAGGUUGCUGACGCGGCGGUGGUUUGGGUUUCGGACGGCGGAGGGGUAUAGAAUGGCAUGGCAGUGAUUAUGACGUUGGCCGUAGAUUUUUUGAGCUUAUUGAUUUUGUGUAUAUUCUUUUAAGGUUACCAAAUACAGAGAUUAGAAAA